AUGAGUUACCCAAGAUCAGAUCUGUUCAACGAUAGCAAGGCAAACUCUUCGCUGGUCGGAUCGAUAGUGGUGAAAACCGAUUCAGUGAGUUUCUAUUCGUUCAAGGCCAACAGCACAUACGUGGUAAAGAGCCACGGGCCAAUGCUACUAUUGCGUCAAACAGACGAUCAAGAAGGGUGUGUUGAACAGGAGCCCAUGGAGAUCCUGGAGACCAUUAACAAAUGUAUUAACAAGGUGGUAGUGCCAAGCGGAGACAUCAUAGGUCUGAAAAUGGUGGCCGUGGGCGUCACCAGCCAUAGAAGUUCGGUGUUGGCUUGGGACAGAUGGACGGGCCACCCACUAUGCAACGUGAUUAUGAGGAGAGACAACAGAGCUACGGAAAUUGUAAACGAGUACUUGCAGAUCUAUGAUAAGUACAAGUUCCAGACGGUUUGCGGCUUGCCUUUAAGCCCUCUCUUCAGCGCGUUUAAAAUCAAAUGGCUUUUGAAAAACAACGCCAUAGUGAAGGUUGCAUACGAACAAGGCAGGUGUUAUUUCGGUACGGUGGACACGUGGAUUGUGUGGAACCUGACCGGUGGAACAAAAGGUUGUAUUUAUUUACUGUCAGGUUAACCGAGGUUUUCCGAUANUUCGCCACAGAUUCUUCGAACGCAUCCAACACGUUUUUAAUGAAUAUCAACACGUUACAAUGGGACCCGAAACUGUUGAAAAUGUUCGGUAUCAACCAGAGUAGUCUGCCAGAAAUACGAGCUAGUUCCCAAAUUUACGGACAAUUUGCAGACGGCCCUCUGAAAAAUAUACCGAUUUCCGGUGUGAUUGGAAUUCGUCAGUCCGCUCUUGUCGGCCAUCGAUGUUUUCGACGAGGAAUUACAAAAGCCACGUUGGACGAAGGCGGAUCGGUAUUCACCGUAACCGGUGAAAACAAAGUGUUCUCUAAAAACGGUCUACUCACGACGAUCGGGUAUCAUAUUGACACGAGACCGGUAUACGCAUUAGAAGGGCCGAUCACUUCAGGCGGCGCUGGCAUCGAAUGGAUGGAACACAUUACACGAUUAAAAACCAAUAAAGUUACACACUGUUUAAAAGCCGGCAAGAGAAUCAAUAAUCCGAAUUCAAUUUGCUAUAUUCACGCGAUAAAUGGUAGGCGAAAUCAAUCAUCUUAUACAUUAUUAAUGAAUUCGCGAUUAAUUGGUUUUUUUUUUUGUAAAUUUUCGGUAUCGUGAAUACACGAGAAAAAAACCAAUAGAAUACAUUGUAACCGUAGAUACCUACGCUAUGGAUUAUUUUUUCGAUUGCCAUGAUUUAUCAUUUUAUUACAGUAUAUAUACUAAACAAGCUGACUCGGCAAUACUUUGCUAUUGCUAAGUAGUAGUGUAAAUAAUAGUAGGUAAUAAUAGUAAUAGUUUUCUUGUCCGUGACAACUAAUUGUCAUCCAUGUUAUCAAGGUAAUCCACGAAUAAACAAAAAUAAAUAAAUAAACAAUUAGAUAUUCGUACCAAAAUACCUAAAAACCCAUAUUUUACUCCUUUAGGGGUUGAAUCUCUCUAUAUAAAAUAGCAUGUCCUGACUGACUGAUUUACCAUUGCCUAGCCCAAACAAUUCAAAAUUGCUAAAAAUGCUUAUCGCAUAUUCUAAUCACAGUCCAUAGACAACAGAAAAAAAUCACGAACUAAUAUAAAUUAUAAUAUACUAUCCGUGGUUAAAACGUAAAAUAUGAACAAAGAAAUCCUAAAUAUUUUAUUAUCAAAUCAUAGAGUUCGAAAAGUUAAAGAUAGGCGUUGUUGGGCCAGCGAUUUAAAAAAAUUAAUAUUAAAAUCUAAAUUUAAAAAAACCAAAUUCUAAUGGGAAGGUGAACCACCUACCCCUCCUUCCCCCAUAGCUGCGACUGCGUCAUAAUAGCUAUCAGUAUAUGCUAAAGUUCAGUUCGUUCCUUCCAGUAGUUUGGGCUAGGCGAUGAUGAAUCAGCUACUCAGGACAUGUUAUUUUAUAUUUAGAGAAGAUAAUUCUACCUAUAAUAUCCAUAAUAUCUACCAUCCUAUUUACCUACCUAUAAAAGUGGUCUACGCAUAAGCAGUCACAACUUUUUAAAAUUCAAAAAUUCUCUUACGUCCCCUCCCGAAAAUAAAUUCUAGAUAGACCACAGAUAAAAUCCUGUGUACAUUUAUGGGUUCGACCAGAUUGAAUUCUAAUAUUAAUUUUUGAUAUUAACAGGGGUAAGUAUAAACUAUAGAAAAUAUUUCGAUUUCAAAAAACACCAUAAAACUAUCUAAAAAAUUUGAUUACAUAAAAUAUGUGUAUACAUUUAUAUGUAUUCUAGGUCUAUAUGCCCCUCACUGGAGGCCUGAAGCUUUGGGAGUUUUAGUUGCUGAUGAAUUUAACGCUGAAGACAUGGUUAGGGCCGCGAUGGAGUCUGUCAGUUUUCAAACUGCUGAAAUUUUAAAGGCUGCCACCAUGGACCUGAAAAUACCUAUUGAUAGGAUAAAAGUUGAUGGAUACUUGGCAGACAAUAAGUUCAUCAUGGAAUCCUUGGCUGACUUCAUUAACGGAAAGGUGGAAGUGGCCAUGUGCAAGGAGAUGACGGCGUUAGGCGCAGCGAUGGUAGCCGGGUACGCACCUGAGGUGAACGUGUGGAAUAUAAUGUGCAUGGCUGAAGACGUUAGCAUCGCUAACUAUAAGCCGACUUUAAAAGCCGACGAGCUGAAAAAGAGAUGGUUCGAUUGGAAUAGAAAUAUUAACCGGUGUUAUAAUUUGGUUGAUACCGGUAAAAAAAGUUUUUGGGAGUCUCCUUGGAAGGUCGGAGGCUCGAUAGCUUGUGGAUUGGUUUUAUUAGGCAGCUAUUUGAUGUUGAAGAAAUAA